UUUUUUUCUUUUUGCUUUCAAAUUUCUUUCGUAUAUAUAUUUUUUCUUAUUUGUUUUAGUUUCCUUGUUUGUUUUGAUACUUUCGUUUAUUCGUUUUCUUACUUUCUUUCGAUCAGCAAUCACUCACCUCACCUCCUCCUUAUUCGUUCAUUCACUCUUCACUGCAACUCGUUUAUGUGUAGCGUGCUGAAUCUAACAAUCACGGACAGAGUCGCUGCACAAUACACUUCCUUCUUUUCCUUCCUCCUCUCCGUUUUUCAUUUUAUUUAUUUAUUUAUUCAUUCAUUCUUUUUUUUUGUACUUUUCGUAGUUGUUUGUUUGAUAGUGUUUGUUUUUUAAGUGUUUUUGUUAUCAGACAGUCUAUACGUUAUAGUUUCAUUUAUCUUCUUUUCUACCAUACUUAACUUUUCGCCAAAUACUUAUACAUUGCUACCUACAAGCACAUUGAACACAUGUUUUUACAUACACCCAAACAUACAUACACACACAAAUAGAGUAAGACAGAGAGGAGAGAGAGAGGAGGGAUAAAUCGAGAGAUAGACUACCUCAAACGUUGUUUUAUCUUGUCACACACACACACACACACACACACACACACACACACACACCUACAUUCUAGCUUCCCUGUCUCCCUCUCUUUCAUUUCAUUCUUACUUCCUGUCUUCCUUCCUUCUUUUCCUCCGUUUCAUUUAUCCCUUUCGUUCCAUCUUUUCCUCAUUCAUUCCCCUCCCAUUCCUUACAUAGGUUUCUCGCCUUGUUUAAAUUUUUUUCUAUUCUUUCGUUCAUUUGUUUCACUUCGUUGUUUUGUGUUGUCUUUCUUAUUUUCUAUACAUAUAUAUAUAUUUUGAACUGUUGUUUUUAUUUUGGUUUUUACCUUCUCUGUACCUCCUCCCUUGCUGCCCCUCCUGGUUGCCUCAAUAUUCCCCCACCUCUCCGCCGCCCUUCCGGUUUCAGAACAUCACAUCACAACACAUCACAUCACAAUCACAUCACAUCACACAAUAUAAAGUCUUCUUACUCGACUGACAUCGGCGCCGACACCAGUCGUGUGGCUUGCAGUGGCCAACAAUUGUUAGACCAUGCCGUCACUACAGUGCUUCGCUGUGCACAUACUGUUUUUACUAUUGGCUAUUACUGGUUCCUUAAGUUUACUGAUGGGGGAUCGUCAAAACAGGUUUACAACACAUAGACAGUGGACAUCUAGCCGUCACAGUCGACUUGUACAUCACCAAGAUACUUGUUGCAAUGGUACGCUGGGAUACGCGCGAAGUGACCCGCACGUGACAUGUUCUGAUAUGCGGUGUUGUAACACAAGUGAGACUGUAGCUGUAUACCCAAUCAAUGAUGUACUGGGAUUUCGUUUUCGCUGUGUGCCAAGAGUUUUCUUUCGACAUGAAUGUUAUGCGGCAGGAUCAAAUGUAAGAACUAGCGAAGAAGAACAUGAUUACACACCUCGUAUAUGUUGUGAUGGAGCCAAAUUCAUCGUAGACAUCAAUAAAUACCAUGCCGCCAUGACGAUACGCUGCGUGACUAGGUGACGUUAUCAAAUGUAAAUAUACAAUGGGGAUUGCUAAAUUCCUCUGAAUAUAUUCUCUUACUCUAUCGUGGCCUCACUCUUCCCAUUAUGUCCAUGUCCGAAACCAUCAGAUCACAUCUUCAAUAUCAACGGAUAUUCAGGACCACGCUAAAUAAUAAAGAAAUGUUAACACUGAUACAAAGAAAUGAUUCAUUUAAUGCUGGGAUGUGCCUUUCCACUUAACGUGAAAUAAAACAUAUAUAAAUAUAUGAGGAUGUUGUUUAAAAGAAAAUGAUAGAAAAAACUUCUAACGGUUAAAUGUUUGCAUUGUAAACCUUAGGCAUUUUAUGUGUGAUUUAGCAGUAAACAACAGAUCUCUUAUCUGAUAUAAUAUAUCAGUUAAGGUGUAUCUUAAAUAUAAAUGUUUGCGCGUUUGACAUAUGGGUGUGUGUGUUAAAAAGCUCGCUUUUAUAUGUAGUCAAAAAAAAAUCGACGGUAUAUUUAUGAGCUAACACUGUGUGUUAGCAUGAGCUUGACUGAACACGAACCCAGAUCAAAUAUUUAAAUAAAAUUCUAUUAAACUCGUUACACUGAACAGUAUAAGAAAGAAAAUAUUUUUUAGUUUGGCUUUCAAAAGUAUCUAAAAUCCAGUGACCAAAAGAAACAAAAAUCGAAAAGGAAAGAAAGAAAGAAAGAAACCAAUUGGCAAUACUCCGAUAAAAGCGUCUUUGUCCAAAUAUCUUUACGCGUACUUAAAUAUUAACUGUUGAAUGUUUAAUGUAUGGUGUACGGUAAAACAUACAGAACAGUGAGCUUAUAUGUUGUGUAUUAAUUGCUAUUAAUAUUUGUUUAACGUUCUCUGAAGGACUAAAUAUGGAGUAACAACAUUACGAAUAUUGGUAUAUGUGCUACCAAUAAAUAACGGAUUACCAAUCAUACUUAAAGAAAACAAAAUAAGAACCUAAACAUUUUUCCAUGCUAUAUCUUUGAUAUGACAAAAAACAAAAUGCAUCCAGGACAGGUUCUAUUUUAUAAAUUGGAAGUUACAAAUACGAUUAGUUUUAUUUGAAUUUUAUUUUCACUUUCCCCAGCAGAAACCGUUCAUAUACUAAAGCUUCCCAACAAUACAUGUACUUUAACUGGUUGUUUUCUACUAAAAGUUACUUCAUUUAUAUAUGAAAAAAGCAACGGUACGAAAAAUACCUAACCAGGGCUUCUGUAAGAGUUGUGACACAGAAGCAGCAUGUUCGGAAACUACUACGAGUGAAAAAAAAUUUCUUUCAAAAUAUUGUGAAAACUAUUUAAAAAGGAAAGGGUUAUAUAUCAUGAUGGUAACACUGUGACGAUGGCUGAUAUGAAUAGCGUGAACACGAUAGUGAGUGCGCUAACAGUGGGAAAAGUGGAGACAGACAUUGUAAAAUAAAGAUAAAAUAAAAAAUAAGAUAUGUAUGUUUGUAUGCUUGUAUGAAAACGCAUGGAUUUCUAAAUGAUAAAAAAGAAGAUAUAUUUAUUUAUAAACAUAUGCACACAUAAAUGUGUAUGCUGAUUAUAUUAAACUUGAUAAAUAGGUAUAAGCCUAACCCCUAUGUAUUUCAUGUAUAUUUAGCUUUAAAUAUUCCCUAUG